AUGGAUUCCUUUUACUCGGGUACGGAUAAUGUUCGUAUGAAAGAGGUCCAAGGUGUGUUGACCCAGUUGCAGCAGCAUCCCGAGUCAUGGCGUUUGGUGCAAACUAUAUUAGAGCACUCUCAUUCCGAGAACACGCAGUACUACGCAUUGUCGUUGUUGACGACGGCAGUAAAGAGCAGAUGGAACGUUCUGCCUAUUGCUGAGAGGGUACAAAUCCCGAAAUACCUUUAUGAGUUGUCCAUGUCUUUAGGAGGAAGUCGGAGUCCGUUAUUGACUAAGAUUAAUGAAACAAUGGUGUUAGUGUUGAAGAAAGUUUGGCCCAAAAAUUGGGGGACGUUCGUAGAAGAUUUAGUUGGCAGCGCAGUGGACCCGGUAACUGUUGGUAACAACCUGGCUAUAUUAUCUUUGUUUGUUGAAGAUGUUUUGGACUUCGGUGAUGAGGAGGUAGUUAGUAGAAGGGCUCAACAGCUAAAGGAAGCAUUGCUACAGAAGUUUCCAGUCAUUUUGAAUUUUUGUCUUGCUGUUAUUGAAAAGGCGUUAGAUGAUUCUCAACUUAGAAUUAAAGCCCUUCAAUGUGCAGCUCUAUGUCUUAAGCAUACUCCAAUUACGUUUACUCUUGGCUUAGACAUUCCGAAUAUUAUACUAACUUCUUGCUACGAGAAUUAUGAUACAAGAGUUCAAACCAUUAGAUGUCUUACAGAGAUAUUUGAAGCACCAAUGGACAACGCGCUGAACACAACCAUGGACAAUAGAUCAUCAAACAUCUUGGGUGCAAACAUCUUGGCACCAGAACAUGUUCUAUCCAUCAUUAAAUGCUGGUCCAAUUUAAUGAACGCUUGCAAGCAAUUGAGCCUUCAAACAUUAACUGGAUCCGUUCCCUUCAAUAUGAAGCAAUUCUGGGAAACGUUCUACCUCUCCCUUGCUUUAUGUGUCUCCAGUUUUCAUAAACGAUUCUUCGAACCUCUUAUAGAAAGGCCUAAUGAGAUAGCCUUGAUGGCAAUGAAGGAAUUGGGAAUCCAACCCCUCCAACUAGCUGUGGACUCUAUUGAAAUCAUGUCAAUUGCCAUUCAAUCCCCAAGCGAUGAGAUUUUCAGGGUUUGCGUUGAAUUUUGGCGCUCGUUUUCUGAAAGAUUCGAUAAGGCGCUUCUCAAAAUCCGAGCUGUUGUUACUAACGAUCAGGAAUCAUUACUCAUGAACAAACUCGACCAGGAAUACCAACAAGUGUUGAGCCAGGUCCGGAAAACUUUAAUUAGAAGGAUGGCUAAACCGCCUGAGGUCUAUGUCGUAUACGAUGAGGAUACUAAAUGUACUACAAAGCAUUAUCAACCAGAUACUGAUGAAAUUGCUCUUUAUAACACAUUAAAGGAUACACUAAGACAUCUCACAAGAAUUCAACCGUCAGACACAGAGCAUCACUGCAAUGAGAUACUCCAGACGUUCAACGACUCGAUUCAAAAAGGCCGCGGCGAUGGUGAUUGGAAUAUUCAAUUGUUGAAUAGGUUAUGCUGGUCGGUGGGAAGUAUCUCUGGUAUAAUGGAUCCAAAGACGGAGUUGAAUUUUCUGUUGGUGGUAUUACGGGCAUUAUUGGGUUUAUGUCAGCAGAAGAGUGGAAAGGAGAAUAAAGCUCUGAUUGCAGCUAUGAUUAUGUAUGUUAUGGGUCAAUUUCCUCGAUUUUUGCGAGAGAAUGAGCAGUUAUUAAAGGUGGUUACAGGUAAGUGUUUGGAGUUUAUGGAGGAUACAUUUCCUGGAGUACAAGACAUGGCAUGUGAGACGUUUUAUAAGAUAGCGCAAUCAUGUUCACGACCGUUGGUGUUGUUGCGUAAUGAUGACGGUUCAUGUUAUGUUGAUUAUUUGAUAUCAAUUUUGCCUCGCAAAGUUAAUGGUUUAUCAAGUAGUCGUUUGACAUUAUUGGUGUAUUCUGGAGUUUCAAUGUGUAUAGCAAGUCAUCCAGAUUCAUAUGAAUCAUUACGUUUAUUGGAAUUGAUGAUGCAACCAUUAAAUCAAACAUGGGCUAGUAAUCUACCAAUGAUAUAUAGUAUAUCGGAUCCGAAUGCAUUACCAUUGGAUGUUGCUAGGACGGUCACUCAGAUCAUCGCAAUAAAUAACUGUGCUGCUGAAUCGAUGGCUGAUAUUUAUACAGUGAAUCAAUUUCCUAUGUUACUAACUGAUAUUUUACAAAUUUAUGAGAAAUUUGAAAAUCACAUACAAGUGCAAUCAAAAUCAAAUAAAUUAAGACAUGCAAUUACUACCGAGAUGAGAUCGUAUCGGAAGGCUACUCUUAAACUGUUCGAUUCUUUAUUACAAAAUUAUACUUCUGCUGAAAGUCAUUCUUUAUUAGAAGAAAAAAUAUUGCCGUAUAUACUUCAGAGAGUCUUCGUCUUAUAUGAAAAUCAAAAUCCAGAAUUAAGGGAAUAUGAGGUACUCAUGCUGGCUGAUCUUGUUCUUAAAAAAUGGAGUAAUUCUAACGCUGGAUUGUCCUAUAAGUUGGAUGAUAUCUUAAGACAGUUAUUUGCUCCAUCAUUAGAGAUGAUUAAAACAAAUUAUGAUUCAUAUCCGGAAUUGCGAAAAAAUUUCUUCACCUUUCUACGUACAGUGGUCUCUAAAUGCUUUGAACAAUGCUUGGGAUAUUUGACGCCAUUUGUCAUGUCCUUUAUUUUCGGUAUUCAACAUGAAAGCCCCGAAGUAGGCAUGUUGGCAUUGGAAGGACUUGUAACCUUCAUUAUUAAGAUCGGACAGACACCUCAUAUCCUAAAAGAAUUCAUUGUUGAAUGCUGCUCUAACAUCGUCAAGGAAACCGUUAUUGUCAUGACCGAUACCGCACACAAUUACGGUUUCCGCGAACAAACUAAGAUCCUCUUCCUUUUACAUAGCUGUUUCAGACAAGCAAACGUGCCCAGCUAUGAAACAUGCCUCAUCCAAUUCCUCGCCUCAGCCUACCCUAACCUUAACGUAACUAGAUGCGAAAUUCUUGGCAAGAGAAUCGCCCUCGCGCAAACUGAACAGGACUCCCGAACAGCCUGCAAAGAUCUCCUCAUCUCACUCAAGGAAUUCGCAGGCAGCGCAGAGGAAGAUCUCAUCUAG